AGGUACAUUUUGUACAGUAUUAUAACGUCAAAAUAAUGCCGACAAGUGACAACGUUUUAAUUUUUAUUUUUUAAAAACAUUGGUCCAUGUCGGUCUAGUUUCGCUCGUAACCUGAAAUUGCAGAUGGAAACCAAAUUAUCUUGAAAUGUGAAAGAAACUCGCUGCAAUAGAUACCUACCUUCGCGUGGAUCAUGUGGUCUUUAAUAAUUUUAAUUAUUUUAUCUAUAGUCGCGUACUUUUUAACUGACGAAUUAAUACCGAAACUAAAAAGUUUAUUUAUAAAUGCUGGCUUAUUUGGAAUCGAUUUAUGCAAGGUAUCUAAGGACAAAAUACCAGAAGCAAUUGGAGUGAUUUCAGGAUGCAUAUUUUUAAUAACAAUCUUGUUAUUUAUCCCAAUAGGCUUUGGAAACAGCCUAAUGGAUAGAGGAAACUUUCCACACAAUGAAUUUGCAGAACUAUUAGCAGCCUUACUGUCAAUAUGUUGUAUGCUACUGUUAGGAUUUGCUGAUGAUGUGUUGAAUUUAAAGUGGAGAUAUAAGUUGCUGUUACCAACCAUUGCAUCGCUGCCAUUACUGGUUGUGUAUUAUGUCAACUUUAACUCUACAACAUUUAUUGUACCAAUACCUCUACGCCAGUUCUUUGGGGUAUCUGUGAAUAUAGGAUUUCUUUACUAUAUCUACAUGGGAAUGUUGGCUGUAUUUUGCACUAAUGCAAUAAAUAUUUUGGCUGGAAUAAAUGGCCUAGAAGUUGGACAGUCUGUAAUUAUUGCCAUGUCAAUAAUACUUUUUGAUAUUAUCGAGUUGAGUGGGGAUCAGUAUAAAGCUCAUAACUUCUCUCUUCACAUAAUGAUUCCCUAUCUUGCUACUACACUGGCCUUGUUUAAACAUAAUUGGUACCCAUCCAAAGUUUUUGUUGGUGAUACAUUUUGCUAUGUAUCUGGCAUGACAUUUGCUGUGGUUGGUAUUCUCAGUCAUUUUAGCAAGACUGUUCUAUUAUUUUUUCUGCCUCAAAUUAUCAACUUUUUAUAUUCUAUACCACAACUUUUCCGAAUUGUACCCUGCCCCAGGCACAGACUGCCAAAAUACAGCCCGGAAACAGAUUUGCUGCAUGCUAGCAGAACGGUUAUUUUAAAGAAAGACAUGUCACUCUUGACUAAAAUGGUUCUACAUAUUUUUACAUUUCUGAAGUUGGUAGAUAAAGUAGAAGAUAGUGAUGGUAUAAUGCUAAAUAACCUGACAUUAAUAAACCUGUUUCUAAUAAAAAUGGGACCAAUGUCAGAGAUUAGAUUAACCAAAAGUUUAUUAGUCUUUCAAAUUUUAUGCACAUGUAUAGCGUUUUUAAUAAGGUACCCUAUGGCGUCUUAUUUUUAUGAUGUACAUAUAUAUAAUAAUUUCGUAUAAAUUAUGGAAAGUAUAUGAUGGCCACGCGUGAUCGUUCAAUAAUAAAAAAAACCGAGGGAUCCGAUCCUAUUUAUGUUGUGUAGAUAAUAGGUAUUAAAAAAUUAUUAUUAAACUAGCUGAUGCCCGCAGCUUCGCCCGCGUGGAUUGGUCAGAUCCCCUGCAGCAUCAGGAUUGAGGAGUUGGACUCCAAAUUUUU